AAGAGACAUCAAGCAGCCCCACUCUCAAGAUGAAAUUCGCUUUCAUUUUCUUGCAAACUUUGAUGGUCAUAUCUCACCAACAAUUUCAAAGGCCUAGAGUAGUGCCGUGGUUAUCGCCCUACUCCUCUUUCAUCCGGAAUUACAAUCCGCUGUAUUACGACAAUGCAGAAGACGUUAUACCGCACUUCCGGUACUCCAGGCCUCUCCGGCCCACCAUCUACUCGUUGCAAAACGAGGAUUUUAAUCGGGACGUGAUGGCUGUUGAUGAGAGUCACGAUAUGAUGGCCAACGAUAGUCACGAAGAAUUUGCAAACACCCAGCCAAGGAUCAACGGUUUCAAAGGCUACCAUAAUAAUAACGCUGGCCGAUUUUUCUACGCUAGUACAAUCAAUAAUCCUUUCCUGAAGACGGCUACAUUCACCAUCAGUUCAACUGUGACGACCGUUGGCUCUAUCGUACUUUGCGUGCCGUCCAACAAUUUGGCCGCCGUUCCGUCCCCUACUUGCGCCGGACGGAAGAAACGCGAGAUGGACGAUUCUGAACAUUUCCAGUUUCCCAUAGUUCCAUCAGAAACUGUCAAACUGGCAACAACAGCCCUACCGUAUUUGCAUACGGCGAACGAAACGAGAAAACCCAUGGCCGACGGACAGGUGAACUCCAACGACUUGGUUUCAUCAAAGAAUGAGAAAGAUGAAGAGGAUAAAAAUGCGAGAGAGAAACGAUUGUUUGGUGGUGGGUUGAUGGCUGCAUCUACUACCGUGACACGAUAUCUGUUUGUUGGAACGACUUUAACUAGCACGGUUAUCCUAGACCCUACAGGACAAAAUGUUGCCGUUUGUUUGCCAGCUGGCUAUGUUGUUUGUGCCUAACAAAAUGGCCUCAUCCACAAUGGAGUAUAGUAUUCUUGUGUGUAGUUAAGCAACUCGAGUUUUUCCCAUAUAACAUGGUGGGGGAUGGUCCCCGAAAAUGUGUUGCAAUUCUAUUUAAAAUAAACUGUAGUUAGAGCAUC